CGGCGGAGCCCGCUUCCAGGGCAGCCAUUGCCAUGGAGACCCCCGAAGUUAUAAAGCCAGGUAUCUAGGCGUCGGAGACCUCACGAGCCGCUGAGCCCCCCAAGUAAAAAAGCAAGCGUCCCGGCCCCCGCAAGAGGGGAGGAGGCGGAGAGAGGCUUCGAGAGCUGGAGGAGCGGCGCUCCCCGCCGAGGCAGGAGGCAAGCGCGCCAGGCGGGAGCCACCCGCUCAGCAGGGGAGCCCGGGCGGCCCGGGGUGCCGGUGAGUGGCGCUGCUCCAAGCCACGAGGGACCGAGGGGCGUCGGACACGGGGGGAAACGGCCCAAGAGCUGAGAAGGUCGAGCUUGAGCGGGAGCCGGGAGUAGCAAGCAGCCCACACCUCCAGGCGGGAGGCCCAGGGAGGAGAGCAAGACGAACCGGGAGCAGCAGGGAGACCUGAGCGGGAACCGCAGGACCCUCGGCUGCUGCCACCUACGCGCGCGGAAAGAGCGGUACCGGUGUCCGGGCCGGGGCCGUAGCCCCUUGGGGUGAGGGAACAGGGGCGCCCCCGUGCGGAGCUGUCGGACUUCCCGAGCACGGUCGCUGGAGCCAUGCUCAAGCCCAAGGACCUAUGCCCCCGGGCGGGUACGCGCACCUUCCUUGAGGCCAUGCAGGCGGGCAAAGUCCACUUGGCCCGUUUCGUGCUGGACGCGCUGGACCGCAGCAUCAUCGACUGCCGCGCAGAGCAGGGCCGUACGCCGCUCAUGGUGGCCGUGGGGCUGCCGGACCCCGCCAUGCGCUCGCGCUUCGUGCGACUGCUGCUGGAGCAGGGCGCGGCCGUGAACCUGCGGGACGAGCGCGGCCGCACUGCACUCAGCCUGGCCUGCGAGCGAGGCCACCUGGACGCCGUGCAGCUGCUGGUGCAGUUCAGCGGCGACCCGGAGGCAGCGGACUCGGCCGGCAACAGCCCGGUGAUGUGGGCGGCGGCGUGCGGCCACGGGGCGGUGCUGGAGUUCCUGGUGCGCUCUUUCCGCCGCCUGGGCUUGCGCCUUGACCGCACCAACCGCGCGGGCCUCACGGCGCUGCAGCUGGCCGCCUCCCGCGGUCACGGGACCUGUGUGCAGGCCCUCACCGGGCCUUGGGGUCGGGCAGCCGCAGCGGCCGCGGCCCGGGGCUCCAAUUCCGACAGUCCCCCUGGACGCCCUGCCCCGGCGCCCAGCCCAGAGCGUCGACGACCCAGCCCCCGUCGUCUACCGCGGCCCCUUUUGGCACGGUUCGCGCGAGCUGCCGGCGGCCACGGCCAUGGUCACGGCCACGGCCACGGCCACGGAGGUGAGCUUGCCUCUGCUGGCAAGGGCUCCGGGCGUCACAGGGCACCAGGCAGCGAGAGGCCAGAGCUGGGCCGGAGCAUGAGCCUAGCGUUGGGUACCAUGACGGAAGAGGAGACAGCACGCCUUCGGGCAGGAGCUCUGAUGGCCCGAUCAAACUCACCCCAGUCUUCGGGGAGUGGGCGGUGGCGCUCCCAGGAGGUGCUGGAGGGAGUGCCCCCAACCCUAGUGCAAGCCCCUAUCGGCCUUAGUCCUCAUCCCGAGGGUGGUCCAGGCUCUGGCCGCCUGGGUUUGCGGCGACGUUCCACAGCCCCAGACAUCCCCAGCCUGGUCGGGGAGGCUUCAGGGCCAGAGAGUGGCCCGGAAUUAGAGACCAACGCUCUGCCUUUCUCAGUGCCUGAGCCGAAGCCUUGGCAGGCGGGCACAGAGGCUGUGGUACUGCAGGCUCAGCGGUAAGGGGCAUGAAGGUCGAGCCCUGCAAAGUCCACCCUCUUGUCUCUGGUCACUGAGAUGUCCCUUUCCUCCAAGUCCUUCCCUUUCUCUGCGAUUCCCCCCCCCCCUUCCCCGACACACACAC